CUUGUCUUGGGUCUGCUUCGGCUGCUGGAGAGCCGGCUGAUUUGUGGCUUGGCGGCGGCGGCGCUGCGUCGACGGCGUCGAGGCGCUGUCAGGCGAGUUGUGCAGCGAGCUCUUUGGACGUGUGCUGCGUCCUGGGGCACCGGUCCCUCGGCCGCAGAGAUUUUUUUGCUUGCUCUAGUGUCUUACAGCGCUAGCGACCCGCACGCGGCGCAGCCCCUUGCUCGAUGCUACGGAUAGCAUACGUCGUUAGAAGACGUUUGUUUUCGAAGGAAGCAUGCCUGUUUUUGUGCGCAAUUCGGGUUUUGAUCGCGCCGCGCCGCCUUUAUCUGCGUUUUUAGGGCCGCCGAGACAAUAUCCGGCGCCGCAGCUGCAGCUGUGGACCGUUUCCAGCAGCAUCUUGAGUGCUGUGCAGUCGCGGCUUCUUCCGCGCCGCCUACGACGAGUUUGAAACCAGCUGUGUCUGGCCACCUUUGAAAUCAGCAGCGGCAUUUGAGCCCAGGUGAUACCAGCACCAUGUCCGCCGACGACGUAGCAAAAGCAUUCAUCCCGCACUACUACAAUCUCUUCGAUACCAAUAGAGAAGGCCUCGCAGCAUUAUUCCGAAAUGAGUCCCAGUUCACCUUUGAAGGCGACGGCCCGAAGGCGGGCGCGCCGGCCAUCAUGGAAAAACUACGGACCUUGCCGCCGGUGCAGCACCAGCCCCAGACCAUCGAGACGCAGCCGUCGACGAACCCGAACGCCAUCCUCGUCUUUUGCACGGGAAACAUCCUCGUGGAGCAGGGCAAGCCGCUCAAAUACUCCGAGGUGUUCCAGCUCGUCGCGUCGGCACCGGGCCAGUACUACCUGCACAACGUCAUCUUCCGAUUCAACUACGCGUAGUUGUGGUCGGGCCUGUUCUAGUUAGGAGCCGGGCGUAAUUUAGCGUCUUGUAGUCGAUA